ACGAUUGUGUCACUGUUGCCCGGCGACGCGAUGAUGAUGAUGAUGAUGGAGGACCGUUACGACGUUUUCGGGUGUAAAAGUCGGUGAGCCCAGCGAUAACUGCGAGCUGCUAACCACUCCGGUAAACAACCCCGGCCAUCUCACGAGAGACCGCACUGAGCACGAAACACCCCGAUGAGAACGUUCAGCACUCGACUUGAGGCUUUAAACGAACGCAAACGUCAAUAAACCGAGUACCUGAGAUUUACAAAACAUGCCGAAAAUGAUGUAGCAAGCUAACUAGCCAACUGCCUGGCGCGACACUGCUCAAACAUGGACUGUGACGGAUUUGGAGUCCCUUGUCCUCUGCCUAGUUUGGAUUCACAGGAAGAUGCCAAAGACCCAGGGCUGCACACCUUCAGUCACACACACAUGAGGAAAGCCUUUCGGCUCAUGAAUGACUUGAGAAGUCGGAGGAUGCUUUGUGACGUUCUGCUGGUGGCGGGAGAAGUGGAGGUACCGGCACACAGAGUAGUUUUAGCGUCCUGCAGUCCUUACUUCUGCGCCAUGUUCACAGGUGACAUGAGUGAAAGCAAGGCUCACCAUGUGGAGAUCAGGGAUGUUGAUGGACAGACGCUCUUGAAGCUGGUGGAUUAUAUUUACACCGCUGAGAUUGAAGUGUCUGAGGAUAAUGUUCAGGUGUUGCUCCCAGCUGCCAGCCUGCUGCAGUUGAUGGAUGUUCGACAGGUUUGCUGUGACUUCCUGCAGACGCAGCUUCAUCCCACCAACUGCCUGGGCAUCCGAGCGUUUGCUGACCUUCACGCCUGCACAGGACUGCUCAGCCAGGCCCACGUUUAUGCUGAGCAGCACUUUACAGACGUCAUGGUGGGUGAGGAGUUCAUGGCCCUGUCCUUGCAGCAGGUGUGCAGUCUGAUCUCCAGUGACAAACUCACCGUGUCCACUGAAGAGAAGGUGUUUGAGGCCAUGAUCACCUGGAUAAAGCACGAUAAAGAGGCCCGUCUGGAGCACAUGCCUAAGCUCAUGGAACAUGUUCGACUGCCUCUGCUAUCCAGAGAUUACCUGGUUCAGAUUGUAGAGGAGGACCCCUUAAUAAAAAACAACAACACUUGUAAGGACUUUCUCAUUGAGGCGAUGAAGUACCACCUUUUACCUGCAGACCAGCGGCACCUUAUAAAGACUGACAGAACCAGACCACGCACACCAGUCAGUUUGCCGAAGGUGAUGAUGGUUGUAGGGGGUCAGGCACCUAAAGCCAUCCGCAGCGUGGAGUGCUAUGAUUUUCAAGAGGACCGCUGGUACCAGGUGGCCGACUUACCCUCCAGACGCUGUCGAGCAGGUGUGGUGUACAUGGCCGGUAAGGUGUAUGCGGUGGGGGGAUUUAACGGCUCCCUGCGUGUGCGGACGGUGGAUGUGUAUGAUGGGCUGAAGGACCAGUGGAGCUCUGUUCCCAGCAUGCAAGAGCGCCGUAGCACUUUAGGAGCAGCUGUACUGGGGGACCUGCUGUACGCUGUCGGGGGCUUUGACGGGAGUACAGGUCUGUCGUCAGUGGAGGCGUACAGCCCCAAGGCUAAUGAGUGGAUGUUUGUGGCUCCCAUGAACACCAGGCGCAGCAGUGUUGGGGUGGGCGUGGUCGACGGAAAGCUUUAUGCUGUUGGAGGUUAUGACGGAGCGUCCCGGCAGUGUUUGAGUACUGUAGAGGAGUAUAACCCAGUCAGUAAUAAGUGGUGCUAUGUGGCGGACAUGAGCACUAGACGCAGUGGAGCUGGUGUCGGAGUGCUCAGUGGACAGCUGUAUGCUGCAGGAGGACAUGAUGGUCCUCUGGUGAGAAAGAGUGUGGAGGUCUAUGAUCCUGCCACUAAUGCCUGGAGACAGGUGUGUGACAUGAACAUGUGCCGAAGGAACGCAGGAGUGUGUGCCAUAAACGGUUUACUGUAUGUGAUCGGAGGAGACGACGGCUCAUGCAACCUGUCCUCUGUGGAGUACUACGACCCUGCUGUCGAUAAAUGGAGUCUCAUCCCCACCAACAUGAGCAAUGGACGCAGCUACGCAGGGGUGUCAGUUAUUGACAAGCCAUUAUGACUAAAAGUUCUGGGCAGCAGGUCUCUUCGCACCUGUCGCGGACUGAGCUGUGACAGACAGACAGUGAUUUAAGACAGAGUCCAGAUGCUGACAGGUGCUUGAAGCUCUCCAUCUCAAAUCCUGACUGCCUCACACACACACACACACACACACACCAAGCCCUGACCUCUCCCAGUCUCCAGAAAGUGCCAUUUAGCCCUGUUAUUAACCGAGAGGCUGUGUGAUCGCCCAGUAUAGUGUGUAUUAAACGAGACCUCGUUUAUAAUCUGCCAGGACAGAGUAUGUAUGGGACGCCUACAUGGCCUGUGCGGAUCUGGGUGCAGGUGAAGAUUGUGCCAACAGAGGCCUCUCUGCUUGCUUUACUACUGACCGACAACGCUCUGAACAAACACUCGCAUCGCAGGAGCAGUCAGUAAGAUGUAAAUCUGUUUCUACGGUCUAACACUAAUGCAUAUCACACCCUUUAAAGCGGAUCAGGACUGGAUAUCACUGACUUCUGUUGGUUUGGUUACAGGGUUACUUUAUAUUUUUAUAAAAAGUAUUAUGGGAACAACCCCAUAAGUUGUUUUAACCAGCUGCUUUCGUGCCAUAUAGUAAUGAGGAUGGUAAACUGCUAAACCGAAACAUCAAAUAAAUCUCACAGGGUAAAGGUAUGGUCACAUUAGCGAAAUUUCACUUUCAAACCAAGCAGCUUUCUAUAGAAUCCUUUGCGAAAUCUGUGUGGAAUUUCUUUGAAAUUCCAGAGUGCAUGGAUUUCGAUAGAAAUUACUGGAUUUUGGGGGUGAAAAUUCGACAAACAACAGUAAAUGUGACCAUACCAGUUAAUGUGCCAAAUGUAACCCAUAAUUCAUAUGGAUAAUACUGUAUGUUAGUUACUUGUACAUAAGCACUUUUCAUGAUGCAGUUUGGUGUGCAAUCGUCCAUGUUGGACACACAGAGUCUUUCUUUUAUCAUGAUAACUCUCUCUAUAGAUGCAGUCACUGAAAUAGCACUGGCUUGGUUUCUCUUUGGUAAAUUGCACUGUUCAUCUUAUUCAGUAGAGCUGUACUAUUGCAAUCGCAGGUCAAUUCCAAUAUAGCACAGGUUCAUAUUAAGUUCACCAUUUAACCUGUUCUAUCCUGACGGGGUCAUUUGGAUCUGUGCUUCAACAGAAAUGGACUUUGGAAGACUCUUUUAUUUUAUUUUUUAAAAUAUUAAGCCGCCUUAAGGUUCUUUUUCUCAUUAAUGGGUUAUAGGCUCUGUAAAGCUGCACAGUAGUUCACUGUAGACGUUCAUGUUUACAAUACUGAUCAUUGUGAAAUGAAAACUAAAUUUGUUGGUAAUGAAUAUGAAUUAUUAACAAAACACUGCCAACAUUCUCACGAUGACCAACUUUGUUAAUUUGGAUAUAUACCAAUCUGAAAGUCAUACUAUGCAGUAAAACAUUGCUUUUAAGGUUUUUGUUGUUCGCAGUGAUUCAGAGUUUAAUUUGAGCUAUUCCUGGUGUAACUGCUGCCAUUACAUUGAUGUCUUUACACAUCAUCAUGAUCCACAACUCUAAAACUAUGACAUUCCAGUGUAGUGCAUCAUCUAUGGAUUAUGCACGAAUGUGGUUCGUGAACAAGGUAUUAAUGUAUUUCUAAACAAAAUGUAUUAAUAAAUUAAGCUUUGUUUAA